AUGGGGCCCUCGGAGGAGGAGCUCCGCGCGCGCCUGGAGCGCUCCGGCCAGGCUCACCUGCUGCGCUUUUGGGGCGAGCUGGGAGCGGCCCGGCGGGACUCCCUGCGAGCCACGCUGGCGCAGCUGGACGCCCGAGAGCUGGGCCGGCACUGCCAGCGGGCGGCGGAGGCCAGCGCCCGGGAGCAAGGCGGCCCCGGCCCGGGAGGGCUGCGCGGCAAUUGGGAGCCCAUCCCGGCCCAGUUCCUGGGCAGCGUCCGCAGGAGCGACGGGGCGGCGCUGGAGAGGUGGGAGGAAGAAGGGCUCCGUCAGAUCUCUCAGGACAAGGUGGCAGUGCUCCUUCUGGCUGGGGGACAAGGAACGCGCCUGGGGGUGCCUUAUCCCAAGGGCAUGUAUGACGUGGGGCUGCCCAGCCACAAGACUCUUUAUCAGAUCCAGGCGGAGAGGAUCCGCAGAGUGCAGCAGCUGGCGGGCGGGCGUUUUGGCACACAGUGCACCGUCCCUUGGUAUAUUAUGACAAGCGAGUUCACGCUGGGGCCAACUGAGAAGUUCUUCCGGGAGCACAACUAUUUUAACUUGGAGAAGUCAAACGUUGUCCUGUUUGAGCAGAGGAUGCUUCCUGCUGUCACUUUUGAUGGGAAGGCGAUCCUGGAGGAGAAGGGCAAGGUUGCCAUGGCUCCAGAUGGCAAUGGCGGUUUGUACCGUGCUCUGGUGGACAACAAGAUCCUGGAGGAUAUGGAUCGGCGCUGCAUUCAGUACAUCCAUGUGUACUGCGUGGACAACAUCCUUGUCAAAAUGGCAGAUCCAGUCUUCAUUGGCUUCUGUGUCUCUAAAGAGGCCGAUUGUGGUGCUAAGGUAGUGGAGAAAGCAUACCCCACAGAGCCUGUUGGGGUGGUGUGUCGUGUGGAUGGAGUGUGUCAGGUGGUGGAAUACAGCGAGAUCACCUUGGAAACUGCACAGAUGCGGAACCCCGAUGGGCGCUUGACAUACAGCUCCGGUAAUAUCUGCAAUCACUUCUUCACCCUUGGCUUCCUUCAGGCAAUAGCAGAGAAAUUCGAACCCCUGCUGAAGCAGCACGUGGCUAUCAAGAAGGUGCCGUUUGUGGACGAGGAGGGCAAUCUGGUAAAGCCUCUAAAACCCAACGGGAUAAAGCUGGAGAAGUUUGUGUUUGAUGUGUUCCAGUUUUCUAAGCAUUUUGUGGCCUUUGAAGUCCCGCGAGAAGAUGAAUUCUCCCCCCUGAAAAAUGCAGACACUGCCGACAAAGAUACACCCACCACGGCACGGCGGGCGCUCCUGUCCCAACAUUACCGCUGGGCUGUGAAGGCUGGAGCAACAUUUGUUGAUGCCAAUGGCCAAAGAAUACCUGAGAAACACAGUUUAUCAGGAGAUGAAGAGCCACCUGUUGUUUGUGAAAUUUCGCCUCUAGUCUCUUACUUUGGGGAGGGUCUAGAGACAUACCUGAAAGCAAAAAAUCUUCAGUCACCUUUUCUUCUGGAUGAAGAUGUAGCGAAAUUCGUAGCACAGCAUGAAUGAAGGAGACCUCUAUCAGGAGAUAAACUUUGGCA